AUGGCGGAGCAAGCGCCCAAAGCACCGUGGUGGGUGCCCCUCUUCUGGCCCUUGAGCCAUGUGAAGAAAGCCCUGAAGCUUCAGAGGCCGGCUGCGCUGGAGCCCCUAGAGGCAACGCCUGACUUGGACCUUCAGGGCCAUCUGAGCUCGGUGGUGGCAUCGCUGCGCUCCUUCUUGCUGGCCUAUCUGGCCAUUAAUGCCUGUGACUAUCCAGCCUACGGCGCGGCGAGGACUUGGAGCUUCCAGUGGAUGUGGCCGCUGCUGGUGAGGAACUUGAUCGCCACCUGGGUCAUCUGCGGAUUCUGGGAUUGGUUCCUCUACCUAUCUCCGAUGAAGGAGGUGCUUCGCCCCUUCAAGAUGAACCCGAAGUACCCCCCGUUGCGGCAGCUGCAGCACGACGCGUUGCACACCACGCUGGCCACGUUGUGUGGCUCUGGGGUGGAGAUCCUUUUGUGCCGCUUGUGGGCCACCGGCAUGUUGCCCAUGCAAGAGACACUUGCGGAGGCACCUCUCUGGACCUUGCUGUGGGCCGCCACCAUUGUGCAUUGGCGUAUCCCCCACUUCUACUUGAUGCACCGCGGGAUGCAUCCGUGGAGGACUACUCGUGUUCCUGAUUUUGGGAAGUUUUUGUACCGCCACGUGCAUGCCCAGCAUCACAAAUCCUAUUUGCCCACAGCCUUCUCUGGCACCAACAUGCAUCCGGUGGAGGCCACGUUAUACUACUUGAUGCCUUCACUUUUCAUGGCCUACCUCUGCCGCCUGCACCCCGCAGUGGCCUUGGGCUGCAUCUUUGACUGCGCCGUCGGCGCCUGGCUGGGCCACGAUGGCUUCCGGUGGCCGGGGGCCGGGGAUUUCUUUCACCAGCUCCACCACGAGCAUUUCGACUGUAACUAUGGGGCGCAGCACAUUCCCAUUGACAAGUGGCUAGGGACCUACUGUGGCAGCAAAGCAGACUUGAAGAAGGUGUGGGGCACCAGCAGCUCGGUGGGGCGAGAGGGCAACAUGGAGUGCACCCAAGUGUGGGACUGCAAGUGA